AUCUUAACUCGGUUGAGGAGCAAUUCAAAGGCACCUCUAAAGCCCAUGCUAGUACACUUAUCCUUAAAAUGCUCACAACUAAAUACGAUGGAGUUAGUGGCGUACGUGAACACAUAUUGAUAAUGAAUGACAUGGCCAACAAACUUAAAAGUAUGGACAUGGAAAUAUCUGAAGGCUUCUUAGUUCACUUCAUUAUGACUUCCCUUCCGGCUCAAUUCGGGCCUUUUAAAAUUAACUAUAAUACUCAAAAGGAAAAAUGGAAGAUGAGUGAACUAAUAGCCAUGUGUGUUCAAGAAGAGGAACGUCUAAAAAUAGAAAAACCUGACGUUGCUCAUCUUACCACCACUACUCCCAAUAAGAGGAAGUUCAAUGAUGGCGCAAAGUUUUCACUCAAGGGGAAUAAAUCAAAUACUGGUCCGAACAAGUCUCAGAAAACUGGUCCUAGUACAAGUGGAACUAAGAGAGAGGCCAAGUGUAGAUUCUGCAAGAAACUUGGUCAUACUCAGCACGACUGCCCAAAAUUUAAGGAGUGGUUGRCAAAGAAAGGGAUUCCAUACAAGGAAAAUACUGGAAAACAACCAACGGACCGUUAAAGUUGGGGACGGGAAUGUAAAGAAGGUUGAAGCUAUUGGUAGUAUGGUGUUGUUAUUACAUGGAGGACAUGAAAUGGUUCUUCAAAACACUUUGUAUGUACCUACUAUAACUCGCAACUUAAUAUCUGUAUCUAAACUUAAAUAUGAAGGAUAUAGCUUUUACUUUAAUGAUGAUGACGAUGAUGUUAUUAU